UAUUCAGACCGGGCCCAAACUUCAUUAGAAUCGUGACACAAAGUUCGGUCGGACCAAAAGCCCAAUCUAACUUCGCAAAUAUGGGCUAGCUAGGCUAAUGUUUUGCUGGGCUUAGAUCCACUGAGUUUCACCCACAGAUAUAUACACAAACCUCCUCAGAAGCCCUAGCCGCGUCUCAUCGUUCCUCUUCAGAUUAGGGUUUGGCGAUUCUUUCUCCAGCCAUGGCGGAUGUUGAAAUGGAGAUAGCAGCAGGACAACCGAAGAAGAGGACAUUCAAGAAGUUCAGUUUCAGGGGCGUCGAUUUGGACGCUUUGCUCGAUAUGUCCACAGAUGAGCUUGUUAAGCUCUUUACCGCUCGAGCUCGCAGAAGGUUUCAGAGAGGUCUGAAGAGGAAGCCCAUGGCCUUGAUCAAGAAACUCCGCAAAGCGAAACGGGAGGCUCCUCCUGGUGAGAAGCCAGAUCUUGUCAAAACUCACUUGCGCUAUAUGAUCAUCGUGCCCGAGAUGAUUGGAAGCGUUAUUGGUGUGUACAACGGCAAGACCUUCAAUCAAAUUGAGAUCAAGCCUGAAAUGAUUGGUCAUUAUCUAGCUGAAUUCUCAAUCUCAUACAAGCCAGUCAAGCAUGGAAGACCUGGUAUUGGUGCCACACACUCCUCAAGGUUUAUUCCUCUGAAGUGAAGCAUCUCUCGGCCAUCUAGUUAUAAAAGCCCAUUUCAUUUUCAAGUGAUAGCUAUGUUAUUCAAAUUUUGCUUGUCACUAUUAGUAACUUAAGUAUGUGGCUGGAUUUUUAUUUAGACCUAAGUCUUUAACAAUUUUUAGUUUGAGUUUGUUACUGUGGUUUUGACAGAAGCUUAAUUGGAUUAUUUUUGAGAUUUCAUUAAAGAGUUUUGUUGAGAUUUUAAAGUGCA